AAUACAAUCAGCGAAGUGGGGGUUAUCUAUUCUGCUCUCCAAUGCAUAUAAAUAGAGGCAGAAGUCCAAUGGCUAUUUCAGACUAUAAUUCAACAAAAGUAUGGGUAGCGGUGUAAAGAGCAUUAUUAGAGAAGAAAUUGGUUCGCUUCCAAGACCAAACCCUGAAUUAGCUGAAAACGUUCUUGAUCUUUUCUCUUUGAAAGGUAAGGUAGCUACCAUUACGGGCUCUUCACAAGGUAUUGGUUUUGCAGUUGCAGAAGCUUACGCCCAGGCUGGAGCUGAUGUGGCAAUUUGGUACAAUAGUACUCCAGCUGGAAAGCUUGCCGAAGACUUAUCAUCCAAGUAUGGGGUAAAGGUUAAGGCUUAUAAAGCUAAUGUUGAUGUUUUUGAAGAAGUUAAAAGCACCAUUUUGAAAAUUGAAAAAGAGUUUGGGACCAUUGACAUUUUUGUGGCUAAUGCAGGUAUUGGAUCAAAGCCAGUUUCGGUUAUUGAUUCUUCUCUUGAAGAUUACCACAAAAUCCUUAGAAUUAAUGUUGAUCACGUUUACUACGCAGCCAAGGUGGUAGGAAGGAUCUUCAAAAAGAACGGUAAAGGUUCGUUUAUCAUUACAGCAUCCCAAGCUGGACAUAUAGUCACGGUUCCUCUCGACCAAGCAGCUUAUAAUGCUUCCAAGGCGGCCCUUAUUCAAAUAGCCAAGUCUUUAGCAAUUGAGUGGGUUGGAUUUGCCAGAGUCAAUGCCAUUUCACCUGGUUACAUUGCAACGGAAAUUGCCAAGCAUAUUCCACUCGAGCUCAAAGAAAAAUGGUGGUCCUUGAUCCCUAUGGGUAGAGAAGGUUUACCAAAGGAACUUGUCGGAGGUUUCUUGUAUUUUGCAUCGGAUGCCUCCACCUUUACUACUGGUUCUGAUUUAAUAAUUGACGGUGGAUACACUGUUCCAUAGAUAUUAUUGAUUAUAUGACAGCACUUUU